AUGAAUCAGUUAACAACUCAAGGCCGCUCUUUGCCACCUCUGUUUCAAGCUAGAGAUCUUCAGCUCCACCACCACCAAUUCCAGAACAGCCAGCCGAAUCUUGAUGAUAAACAAAGCAAAAACAGUAGUAUAAACCGCAGCCUAAAGCGAGAUCGUGAUGAAAAUUACGGUGUUUCCACCACCACCACCACUACCGGUGGCAGCGCCGAUGCAAAUGCACUCAAAUCCCAUGUAAUGGAGGUUGCCGAUGGCUGCGAUAUUCAAGAAAGUGUGUCCACUUUCGCCACAACGCGACAGAGAGGUGUUUGCAUUCUGAGUGGAAGCGGCAUUGUGAAUAAUGUCACUGUAAGACAACCUUCUGCACCAGGAUCUGUCGUGACACUACAUGCCGGUGGACAAGGCCAAGUAGUCGGGGGCAAUGUUGUCAGGUCGCUUUUCACUUCUGGCCCUAUGGUGAUUAUGGCAGCUUCAUUUGGUAACGCAUCGUAUGAAAGGCUAACUCUAGAGGAAGAACCACCAAUGGCCGUGGCACCAGGCCGCGGAGCCCUUGGAUCACCACAAGGAAUUACUGGUCCUCAAGGGCAACAGCUUAUGCUUGAUCCCAACACAAAUCUUUUUCAUGAGAUGCCUUCAAAUCUCCUCACUUCAAACAAAUUACCCUCCGAAGCUUACUGGGGGACAGGUCGCCCUCCUUUUUAG